AUUAUCCUUUUAAAAAGCGUUAAACCCUGACAAAAGCCAUUAUUAAUAUCCCUAAACUGACAAAAGCAAUCUUACUUUUUCCCUUACAAAUUCAACUCCUUGGGGAAUGCGGACACCAGAAAAAAAAGAAAAAGGGAAUGAAUUCUUGCUCAGGAAGAAGGCCGAGAAUCAUGGCUUCCUCAUUGUCAUUAUCUCAUGAUACCAUCUCCGACAUCCUCUCUAGAUUACCCGUCAAAUCCCUUACCCGAUUCAAAUCCGUUUCCAAAAACUGGGCCCACCUCACCUCCGUCCCUGCUUUCAUCUCCGCCCAUCUCCGCCGAUCUUCUCCCGAACCAUCUCUUCUCAUCCGCCGCUACAACACCCAGUCCGGUUGGGGCUUCGGGAUCGGGUUGAUCACUAACCCGACUCAAAAUUACCGCAGCCAGCUCUUGGAUAUUCCCUUGCUAGAAUCACUUCUUCGGUUUCCGAAAAUCGUGGGUUCUGUCGAUGGUUUGGUUUGUCUCGAUGUUUCGCCUUGUUAUGCUUCUGAUUUUGUUUUGUGGAACCCUGGAACUAAGCAAUUUAAACGCCUCCCUUUUCCUUUGAUUACUUCCACCAGAAGUAACCCUAUUUGGUUGGUCUUUGUUGGGUUCGGCUUUGAUUCUUUCAACAAUGAUUAUAAACUAGUCAGGAUCGUUUCUUUUAGAGGAAAUGAUGUGUCGCCUUUUCUAAGGGUUGAAGUUUAUUCAUGGAGGGAAGGGGUUUGGAAAGAAAUAGUAGAGAGUUUCAACUUAGCUGUGUUAUGUGGAGGACAGGAUGGAGUGGUUGUUGAUGGUUGUUUGAAUUGGGCAGCCAUUGGAUUACAAAGAUCUGCCGAUCGAAUUGUUAUUUCCUUUGAUAUGGGAACAGAGGUGUUUAAGACAAUACCAUUGCCGCCCGUUACUCGAUAUGGUAACAUGAAAGUUAUGUCUUACAUGGGAUUAUUGGCUGUUGCUGUAUAUCCAUUAGUUUUUGCUGCUAAUACUAAUAAUAUGAAUCGAUUCGAGUUCUGGGUACUGAGUGAUUGUGAAGAUGGGAUGAAACAUUGGACUAAUGUGGUUGUGAUGGAGAAUUUUUCAAAGUCUUUGGUUCCGAUGGGGACUUGGAGAGAUCGUGAACUGGUGAUUAAACAUAUGGGUGAUAGAGAUAGAGAGAAUCACCCGAGUCUUUUGUUGUUUGAUCCAGUUGAUGAUGGAACUAAAAGGCUUCCAGUUGAUUGUGUUGAUUUCUGUUUACAAGGUUACAGUUAUGUGGAGAGCUUGGUGUCAGUCAAUGGAAGAAGCAAAGAUGGUAGUGGAGCAUAAGCAUUCCAGAAGUUAGGUCGGUUUGGGAUUUUGGUCCUUUUUAACUUGCUUUGGCUCUUAGUUUUAGUAGGUAUAAAUUGGUAGACUUUAGUUGAAACAUCUUUUUGUUUGAUAAAUGAAUAUGGAUGGAUGUUGAGCCCAUAAUGAUGCUUUCUGACUUCAAUUUUUGGUAUAAUUCGUGGUGAACUUAGCAAUGGACAAGAAUGAGUUGCUCUUUUCUGCAAUCGUAUAUGUUCUCUGAUGAGGCCCUACAUUAUUUUUGCUUUACUUCUCUAUAUGCUUAUGUUGUAUUUCCUUUCGUUCCAUUCAUGCUCAAUGUAGAGGAAACUGGAUUCCAGACCCUGUUGGUUGUUGCGUAUGGAAAUGGUAUAUAGCCAAAGCCGAUUGCCCACUCUUGUGGGUGAUGGUGCAGGAAAACUUUGCAGUGUCCACGGGCUAUUGGUGAAUGGUUAUCUCUCCCAAUAAAUUGAUGGCUCUUUGAGCAGCAGGAAAGAGUAGCCUAAAUGUGUAUAGGUCACUUACAAACUGGACCUCCUCAAUAGCUUGGAGGUUUGGGCUGCGUAUUCAUAAUUCUCUUGGAGCUUAAAAUUUUGGCAGGGGAAACAAACUGUGCUUUUCUUUUCUGGCUACAAACCUGACCUUGUCCCCUCUUCUUUUGCACCAACUCUGACCUUCAGUCACUUCCACUGACUUCUCCUUGCUUUACGAUGAAGGAACUCUAAUCCAAAGUAAUCCAGAAACACCCUUCGACUCCUAUUCAAGUUAAAUCCAAACUUUUCUUGCAGUGGCCUACUCUGCUUUCUCGGUAAUUUUGAUUUUUCUUUAAUCUAGUGCCACCCUAUGACAAGACAGCAAAGAUACAAUUUUAGCGAAACCGUAAGCUGGACUCCCAAUUUACAUUUUCCGUUGUUUAUGCAAAACAUCUCAACUUACUACUGAUGUUUGUGUCCCAUCCAGAAGUCAGAAUACUCUGAAAGCAUAUAAUUGGAUAACCUUAAAACUCUGGAAGCAUAAUAGAUAGGACUCUGCCUAAUGAAUCACUCUUUGAAAAAAAUAUAUCUAUUUUCUCCCUCUCCUAUUUGGGA